UAUAAGGCGACUGGAGUUUGGAAGUUAUUAAUAUUUAGUUGUGUAUUCCUAUGCAUUACUGUGUCGUCCUCAACUGUUUUUAUUUUAAAAAGGUAGGUCUGUUACCAAUUCAAUGUAUCUUUUAGUUUUGCUAUGAAAGUCACUUACAUUUUUAACAAUCAACAUUGUUUUUAACUGAAGCAAAUAUCACAUCCUGUUCGGGAUAUAUUUGCGAAUAAAAAAUAAUGGGUCUCUCUUUUUUUUUAAAUGGGUUGGUAGGAUUUGCACUACAUACGGGCCUAAUCUUUAUAAAAAGGGGGGGGGGGGGGGGGGGAGGCCUAAGUGUCCCCAUUGGAUGACAGGUAAUACUUGAGUAUUGAACGGUGUUGAAGUGUUAUUGGAAUUACAGACAUGAUCAGUGUGAGUCCGGGAAUUUCCAAUACUUCCCAUGGUGACCGUCCGAGUCAGGUUGGGUGAGAUCGUUACUAAAUUAAAGUGUGUAGCAGUGGAUUGAGUUACAAUGUUUAAGUGGAAUAUUCUGUGUUACGGUGAAUGAAAAGUGUGUGCGUAUUUAAAAAAAAAAAUUGUUGUAGAAAAUACCGUGUAGUGUGUACUGAAUUAAGCUGUGUGGCCAUUCACGGUAUUAUUUUGUAAAACAGUGGAUAAUACAUCUUUAACAAAGGUAUGUAGCUGGUUACAACUUUAUAGUGGAGAGAAUCGGGGGCUCGAGUCCCGGAGGAACGCAUGAGGACGGCGAUCCUGUAUUUUAUCCUUAUAAAUAUAUGCCUGUAUUUUAUCCUUAUAAAUCUAUGCCUCACCGUAUCUUCUAAGAAAAUAAAGACACAUUUAUCACAGCGGGGCUGGGUAUUUUUGGGUAAGUUCGCACACUUUUCAAUUGUGUAAAUAAAAAAAAUAAAAUUGUGUUAUGUUAUCUUUAGGUUUGAACGUUUUUUUAUUUUUUACAAAUAUUUUAUGGAUUACAAUAUAUUUUUUCUUAACUGUUUAUUUUGCAUGUUACUUAUGUCUUUUAAACGCUAACAAAAAAAAAAACCAACAAAAAAAAACAACAUGAAUUAUUUAUUAAGAUAUAGUUAUUUAUUGUUUUUAUGAAAAAACUGAAUUAAAAAAUGAAUUAAAGUUUUAAAAAAUAAAUAAAUAAAAAUAACGUGUUUUUUUUCAUUCCAUGAAAUGUAACACAACACGCAAAUACAACUCAGAAAAUCAAAUGAUUACAGUAAAAGUUAUUGUGGGCAGUAUAGGAAGUGCAUUUUAAAUUUAUUUUAAAAAAAAAUAAAGAAUUAUUUUAAAGGUUCAAAGGGAGGUAAAAUUUUUAAUAGAUAUGUCGAAUACGAUGCACGAUUAGUUCCCUCUACUAAUUUCUAAUGAUGCGAUGGAAACAUCGUUUGAAAAGGUGAGGGGUGGAGAGGCUGGUGUGAACCAUGCACACAUCUUUAUUGUUAUCGUUCACUUUAUUCCAGUACGCUCUAGAAGUCAAUGAGAGAUACUCGGUGGAGGAACAACGCCAUGUCACUGCUUUGGUCAACAUCAAACAUGGCGCGCAGGUCAAGUCUUGUCAAUGAGUGGCGAAGUGCUGCAAGUGAGUUCACUUCUAGCAUCAAUGCAUGGCAUUCUCUAGUUAUGGUGUUAUGGUCAGUUCAAUAGCGCGAAUUCUUUUUUUUAUAAUUUCCGAUUACCGCGCUAAAUAUGAUUCUUUGAAAUACACUAAGUGUGUUUGGUGCGUAAAUAUUUUCUUUUGUUAGACGGAAAUUUUCUCGAUUUAAAUAUAGUGUCUUAAGUUUACGACGUAAAAGUGUUUGGGACGUUUGAAUAUUAGUAUAGUUCAGGGGUAGUGACAUACCCAGGGGUAUGAAAAAUACCGACUGCAUUUUGGUGAGGUGGCCAUCAUAUAUAAGAUACUAUAAAAAUAAGAUACGCUACUUUCAUUGAUCAAAGUAAAUAGAAAUGUAUUUCUAGAUGACAUGGUACAUAUGCAUUGCCAACACAUAGAUACAUACUCCUAUACCAAGGCAACAUUUUUUUUCAAAAUAAAAAAAAUAAAAACCAAAAAGUCUUUAGGAUUCCCCAAGGGCAAUUAUUAGCCAACCUAUGCGAGCCAAAAAUCCCCCCCCCCCCCAGCCCCCCAUUUUAGAGGAAAUAUUGAAUUGAAGUAUUAUUAAUUAGAUUUUGUAACCGCCGGGAGGGGGUCGGAGAGAGGAGCAGGCUUGUCAAUUCUGAAAUUCUGAAAAUUAAUACACAAAUUGAAACGCAUUUUUUGGUGAACUUAGAUUUUAAAAACAAAAAAACUAUAUAUUGUUACCGCUUCCGUGAGCAAGUAGAAAUGUAAGAAUUGCUGCAAAUUAAUUUUUUUUAUCCAAUUUUAUUAUCAUAUAAGAUAUGGGAGUAUUGUUGCUUAAUAAGCACUUUGUCGCAUGUCCCCAGGCCAACUUCAGGCAUCAUGGCGAAAUAGCGCCACCUACAGCACCCAUUUUGUGAGGAGUGCGAAUGGUAAAUAUGACGAAGAUCAUCUUUUAAAUCAAUUGCAUAACUCAUAUGUUUGUCGUCAACAGUUUCAUGACUCAUAUGUUUGUCGCCACCAAUUUCAUAACUCAUAUGUUUUUCAUCAACAGUUUCAUAACUCACAUGUUUAUUGUUACCGGUUUCAGAACUAUAACGUUACUUCAUUAAUCGCACCUGCUAACUGAGCCAAAUAAAUGGUUUGUAGUCAUUAACACCCUCAAAUUAUCAUUUGAAGUAAACAAUUAUAUCUUUUUUCAACAAUUUCAAAAAAGUUUGAUUUUUAGAAUACAUUUAAUUAUGAUCUUUUAACGCCACAAUAAACGAGUCCCAAACGAGACCCACACGAGACCUGCAUUUUUCGGUUUUACUACCUUUAUUUUAGAUUUUAAAAAAAGGUACAUUCGUAACUCUUAACCUUGACUGGGCUUCAGAUUAUGGACGCAAGAAUAAGAACCAAUCACAGAUGGCAAUACAGAAUGUCUAAUUAAUAGAACACAACUUUCAAGAUAUUCAGGAAACACUCAUUGUUUUAAAAAAAGAUGUUUGUGUGAUGGUGGGAUAAAAAUCGAAUAACACACACAUUUUCAGUUAGGCAGGUAUGUAGUAGUAUCACGUGCUAGUGAUGUGGCGGCGUCCCGUGUGUAGUAUAACCUGUUAGUGAUAUGACGGUGUCCCGUGUCUGGUAUAACCUGUUAGUGAUGCGACGGCGUUCCGUGUGUAGUAUAACCUGUUAGUGAUAUGACGGCGUCCCGUGUGUGGUAUAACCUGUUAGUGAUGUGACGGCGUCCCGUGUGUGGUAUAACCUGUUAGUGAUGCGACGGCGUCCCGUGUGUAGUAUAACCUGCCAGUGAUGUGACGGCGUCCCGUGUGUAGUAUAACCUGAUUGUGAUGUGACGGCAUCCCGUGUGUAGUAUAACCUGCUAGUGAUGUGACGGCGUCCCGUGUGUAGUAUAACCUGCUAGUGAUGUGACGGCGUCCCGUGUGUAGUAUAACCUGUUAGUGAUGUGACGGCGUCCCGUGUGUAGUAUAACCUGCCAGUGAUGUGACGGCGUCCGUGUGUAGUAUAACCUGCCAGUGAUGUAACGGCGUCCCGUGUGUAGUAUAACCUGCUAGUGAUGUGACGGCGUCCCGUGUGUAGUAUAACCUGCUAGUGAUGUGACGGCGUCCCGUGUGUAGUAUAACCUGCUAGUGAUGUGACGGCGUCGCGUGUGUAGUAUAACCUGCUAGUGAUGUGACGGCGUCCUGUGUGUAGUAUAACCUGUUAGUGAUGUGACGGCGUCUCGCGUUGAAGCAAAAUUCUAAUAAUAAAUUAAAAAAAAAAUUAUAGCAAAAACAACCUUUUUAAUAAAACGAAAGCAAAUGCGACAACUUUGGUUUUGCAUGUAAAAAAAUGUCGAUUUAACGAGCCCUAAAUCUCUCCACAGACACAUACGAGACUGAGUGGACUUUUGAAGGGGACCAGGGUCUGCCAGAUCGAUUCCAAAAUUGCCAAAAAAAUCCAACACAUGCAAACUUUAUCCCCGUGACCAGCCUGGAGCUCAGCCACUUCCCGGAGGAGUUCAGGCGUCCGUCACUCCUGACGCUGACCGAGUGUCUACGUGACGUCACUGUCAGACUCUCUUUGAACAAAGUCAGCUCCAAGAGACCAUCGGUCUUCCCCGGUACGAAUUUCGAAUACCCCUUCGGUGAGGGAAAACAUGACGGACGCUAUCGAUUCGGAAGCGGGCGGAUUCGAUUCGUAAACGAGAAAGAUCCUUACGAAGACGGGACCUGCCCGUGUCGCGAAUGCCAGGCAUCGUCCGAUCCGAAGGAAGACUGGUGGAGGGUGGGCGUGGUCACGGCCACCCACGUGGUGUUCAACAAAGAGGAAGCCGUGGAGACCACGUGCCGGGUCGGCUACGACAGCGAAGACAGCAGCCUGGUCACUCUGGACGGCUACGGGAUCGCCAAACGUGGUACGUUUGUCGAAGAAGACCGCUGCAACGUUCUGUUCUGCACCCACGACGCGGCUCUGGCCAACAGGCUGGCGAAGUGCGUGGCCGACUACAAGAGCAUCACCGAGAGCGUCGUGCAGGAGUUCAGCGGCGUCCCGGAAGACGAGAAGCGCCUGACGAUCAUAGUGUCCCAUCCCCACGGGUACCCCAAGCGGGUGACCUUUGGGGCGUGGCAGCACAAGGACAAGGACAAGAACGGUUUCACGCAGUACACGUACGACGCGGACACGUGCAAGGGCACCAGCGGGGCACCGGUUUACGUCCUGGACAGAAAGAAGCUGCCGUUCUGCAACCAUCCGCACAGCGCUGCUCAAGAUCUCUUCAACUAUUGCGGUGGUGGCUACGGAUAAGAAGACACUUAAUUCGUUGAUAUGAAACAUUUCAGAAUGCUUGUCAUUGUGUUCCGCUUCAUACCAUGACACGAGUGCCGACAAGGCUGUCGGUUGAAAUCCAUUCAUAUCAUUUGCUUAAAUUGAAUCCCAUUAACAGCAUGGCGUGCCAAGUUGACAAGUCCAUGUAUAUCUGUGGUGGGACCUUGACUAUGGCUGUGACCAUGCAUGCAUGUGGUGGACUCAUGCAGUAGCAUCACUAGAAUACAGAGGUCAUGGGCACAGACCGCACUGGGUGACAGCCUCACGGGUAGGCGGCACCAAAAAAGAACAACAACAAAAAAACUACAAGCUUGACAAAGUUUGCUAGAUUUAAUUUAAACCGAAGUCAGAUAAAUAUAAGUAUAUGCGAUCAGAACAGAGUGCCACAUAACAGAAUAGAGUACCACAAGAUAGGGCAGGGUGCCACCAGACAGCGCUGCGUGCCACUAGACAGAUCAGAGUGUAAACAGACAGAGCAGAGUGCAACCGGACAGUGCAUAAUGCCAUCAGUCAGAGCAUGGUGCCAUUGAGCUGAGAAGGGUUUCAUUAGAGCAGAUUGCGUCACAUCAUGGUAGGGCACUGCCGGUAGAAGUCUGGAAAGAGUGGGGGAGGAGGGGGAAUACAUCAUGAGUUUAGCACACCCACUGACACAACAACCAAAGGACGCCAUUGGUCCCAUUUAAAUAUGUUAUCUUAGGCAGGGGGGAAGAAUUGAACAAAACAAACCAAGAUCGAGUUUGCUGAAGGUCAUUGAUCAAGAAUGCUGAAGGUUAUUGAUCAAGGACGUUUCAGGUCGAUAAAUCAUGGCGAAACUGUGAUUGGACUCGUAUACAAUUUUGACAAUUUAAGAAUUAGAGACUGGUGCUAGUCCAACGCUUGCCCCCCCCCAUCCUCUCAGCAAAACAAAAACCAAGAAGUGACAGGUGUAAAGAGGUAGAUAAAACUUCCCAGAAAAAGAUGUGCAUCAAUAAAGCUCUGUUUGACUCAUUGCAAUUUGACAGUUAUUUCUGAACACUCUGUCAUGCUUUACAUUUAUUUUAUUUGGUUUAUAAGAAAAUACAUUCUCAUCUGCCAAGCACAAAGAAAAGGAAGGCCACGAAUGGUCAGAUUCAGGAUCCCAUAAGGUUUCUACAAGUUUCCGUUUGGCUAAUCGUUGUUUUAAACAAUUUAAUGGAUACAAAUAUCCAUUUUUAAUAUGUGUUUUAACUCUGCAAAUUAAAGUGGAAAACCUAAACAAAUAAAAAAUAAAAAAAAAGAAGUUAAAAAUAAUUUACUGAUAAUUAUAAUUUACUCUAAAGUACAGUAUGACACUAAAGAGCAAUUGUCCAUCAUCAUUUGAAUUAUUUUAAAAAAUGUGAUGUAAUGCUAUGUGUUGCAAUUUUUUUUGUUUUUUUGUUGUUGUUGUAGUUGAUCUAAGU